GGAACACUUUAAAAUUCCAACGGUAGGCCGGGUCCGAAACGUGGUCUCUGAUCUUAAGCUCUGCCUCCUAAAUCGGGUGAGGCGACAGGGUGGGCGAAUAGGAGACCGCGCAGUUCCCCGCGGAAAGGGAAUCAGGGGCGGGGAACGCAGAGCGCGCAUGCGCACUGUAAGUUAAUGGCGGGCUCCAGAACUGGCGGAAGCUCGCUUUCCAACAUGGCGGCUGAGACAGAUCAGCUGCUCAAACGGGUGCUGGUGCCAGUUCUUUUACCUGAGAAAUGCUACGACCAACUUUUUGUCCAGUGGGACGUGCUUCAUGUUCCCUGCCUCAAGAUUCUCCUCAGCAAAGGCCUGGGCCUGGGCAUUGUGGCUGGGUCACUUCUUGUAAAGCUGCCCCAAGUAUUUAAGAUCCUGGGAGCCAAGAGUGCAGAAGGGCUGAGUCUCCAGUCCACAAUGCUGGAGCUCAUGGCAUUGACUGGGACCGUGGUCUACAGCAUCACCAACAACUUCCCCUUCAGCUCUUGGGGCGAAGCCCUGUUCCUGAUGCUCCAGACAGUGACCAUCUGCUUCCUGAUCAUGCACUUCAGAGGACAGACUGUGAAAGGAGUUGGUUUCCUAGCCUGCUUCGCGCUGAUCCUGCUGGUGCUGCUUUCACCACUCACACCCCUGGCUGUGGUCACCCUGCUGCAGGCCUCUAAUGUGCCCGCCGUGGUGGUGGGAAAGCUGCUCCAGGCAGCCACCAACUACAGCAAUGGGCACACAGGCCAGCUCUCAGCGAUCACAGUCUUUCUGCUAUUUGGGGGCUCCCUGACCAGAAUCUUUACUUCCAUUCAGGAAACUGGAGACCCCCUCAUGGCUGGAGUCUUUGUGGUCUCCUCCCUCUGCAAUGGCCUCAUCGCUGGCCAGGUCCUCUUCUACUGGAACACAGAGCCUCCCCACAAGCAGAAAAAGGAGCGGUAGAGCUGAGCCAGCUACUGGAGUCAUUCCGUGUUUCCAUUCCUCUGCCCAACCUGAGGGUCCUCCCCACUGUCCAGCCUGUCUGUGACUUUCAGUCCUCCCCUCCUCAGCAAUUCCAGCUUUCUGAGCCAGGGCUUUUUAGUGGGAGCUGGUAGCUGAUGGGCCCAGAUCCUUAGGAGAGGACCGUGGUAGCAUUAACACUUUUUGAUAUUAAAGGUCCAUCCUCAGUACCACAAAAAAAUCCACGGCUUCUAAGGCCUGUGCAUGUGCUAUUACCUCAUUUUAUCAUUUGGCUCCUGCAGCAGCAGUUUCCAGCUAUUUCUGUCUCUAUCCCAGAACAGUCUCUUGUCCUACCCUGUCACCUCCCCACUGCUCUUGUGGCCUUAGAGGACUGACAGAGCCCAGACAAGGGACUGGAGGGGACUCGGCUUGCGGUGGCCCCCUCCCCCUGUACCCCAGUGCUGGUGGAGGGGAAAGGGGACUGAAUGACUCAGGCAGGGCCCCGGGGUGGGGUGAGGAGGUUCCUGCACUGGCAGGUCCAGGCGGAAGGGAUUGGAAGUGGUGCUGGUUCCCGCUGCAGUGAGUGAGGGGAAUGAAGAUGGGACACAAUAAAGACACAAACACCUGGCUUUGUCAUACA